AGAUGGCAUUGGAAAAAUUUUAUGGACAUUUUCAUGACUUUCUUAACGGCCAUCAUCUGCCUUUUCGGUCUUGUGGGCAAUGGAAUCGUCAUCUGGCUUCUUGGCUUCCAGAUUAAGAGAAACUCUUUCACAACCUAUGUCCUGAAUCUUGCAGUGGCUGACUCUGGAGUACUCAUAUUCCUAUUCCUGUGGGGCAUAAAGGAAAUUUGUAGGUACUUCAGGAUAUACAUACAGGAUUAUGAUCUAGCGUUUUUCCUCUUUGGAUUGAUGUACUGCAUAGGUCAACUCUUUCUGACAGCCAUCAGCAUAGACCGGUGUGCAUCCAUCCUCUUCCCCAUUUGGCAUCGGUGCCGUCGCCCACCACACUUGUCCACCACUAUCUGUGCCCUCAUCUGGGUCUCCUGCUCUCUGCUAGGUGGACUUCACAGAAUUCUCUUGAAUAUGCCCAGCAUUAGGACUGAUAUCUCACACUACCUGUUUGCUCUGCUGUCCCUGGUUUGCCUCCCACUCAUGAUUGUCUCCAGCCUAACCCUGCUCAUCAAAGUCAGCCAGAGAUCCAGGCAGCAGCGGCGAGGAAAGCUCUUAUCAGCCAUCCUAUUUGCACUCUUCUUCUUCCUGGUCUUCGCUUCUCCUUUCACUGUCAUUUAUAUACUCACCAAAUUGUAUAACUUUCACUUUAAUUUUGACCUACGUUAUUUUGCCCUCUUGUGCUCCUCUGUAAACAGCAGUGUCAACCCCCUGAUCUAUUUCCUUGUGGGGAGAAACAGGAGAGGCCAGUCAAGAGAGAGCAUGAAGGUCAUUCUCCAGAAGGUUUUCAAGGAGGAGGAAGAACCUGGGGAACACCUGGAACUGAGGGUGCAAAGCCAGUUGUGA